GGCCAAAGGCGUCCGCGGCUGCGGCAGGUCUUCGAUUUUCAGUUGAUACGAGCGCAAACUUCAGCCUAAACUUUCUGACAACGGCCGCAGGAGAAUCUCCUGGAUAUUUACAGCAUGGCUGUGUUUGAGAACUGCUCUGUGCUUUUGGAGCUGAAAACUUUGCCUUUCAAGGAGAAGAAGAAGCUGAAGUCUGCAAUAACAGAGAAUGGAGGCAGCAUUUCUUUUGUGGUGAACAAACAGUGCUCUCUGAUAGUGACCAGUGAUGUGUCCAGUCUGAGCUCCAACAGGCUGCGCAGCAUCCAGAAGUACCAUACUCCUGUGGUCGGGGUGGAUUAUGUGUACAGCUGUCUGAACAGAGGCGUUCUUCUGCCCGUGGAUCAGUACAAGCUGGAUACUUCCCCUCCCUCUGCUUUUACACAUCCUCACCAUCUCUCCUCACCGAGGCCUGGUCCGCUCUCACAUGGAGUGUCCAAAGUAGCAACAAGCACAGCAGCUGCUGAGCAGCCCAAAGGCCAGGCCAAGCCCGUGGACUCUAAGAGUCUGACUGACAGGGGUGAGACUCCGGAGAGGAGUGGAAAUGUCCUGGGAAAGUUCAGGAUUUAUACUGAAACAGAUUCUGAUCUGCCAUCGUAUCCGGAUAAUUUUCAAGUGGCCAAGUAUUCAGUCUUUGAAAAGAUAAACAGCAACACUUGGUGUGUGCUGGAGCUGCAGAGUUUCAAAGGAGAGAAAGGACGGCAGUACCGUGUGGUCAGGUACUGGAAGGAUGAUGUAGGAGCCAAGAAAGCGGCAGUGAAGGACAUGCUGGUGUUUCCGUCCACCUCAGAGGAAGCUCUCGAGGUGUACCAGGCGCUGGGGGAGAUGUUGCAGGCUUCUGGUCUGCAGCUGAGGAGGAACAUCCCUCCACAGGCCCAGGACCUGGGUUCCACCCCUCUGCAGCAGCUGCUGCUGGAGGAGAAACUUAACACAGGAAGCUUAUCACAGGAGGUGGGCGUUUUUGUGGAGCUGCUGUGGACUGAGGCCCUGGGCCGCCUCAGCGACAUCCUCAGAGCUUCAGUCAACAAGCUCAGCCUCAAUGAUGUGAGCAGGGCGGAGGGCUUGUUGCUUCAGGCUCAGAAGAAGCUAAGGGAGGCAAAUCAUACUGAGGUGGCGUCUCUCCUGGAAGACUUUUACACCCUGCUGCCGCACUGGGCGCCGCACGUACCUCCCAGUGCCAAGCUCAUCUCUCAGAAACUGGACCUGUGUCAGCUGAUUAGAGAUGUUCUGAACGUGAGUGAGAUGAACCUGAGAAACCCCGUUCCGUCCUGUGUGGGGAAGUACCGCGCUCUGAGGUGCGGCAUCGAGACCGUUCCCUCCAGCAGCCCCGAGUUUCAGGCUGUGACUGCUCUGCUGCGGGACAGCCCGGUGCAGAUCCAGCAGGUCCUGCGUGUCAGCAGAGGGUUGGAGCUCCAGACAUUUAAGAGCGAGCUCGGGAACAUCAAGCAUCUGCUCCAUUCCUCCAGCCCCAGCAACUUCGUGGGAAUCCUGUCUCGUGGUCUGCUGUUGCCCCGUGUUGGAGUGGAGCAUCAUGGGAUAGAGAGAACAGACGUUGGUAAUCUGGGCAGUGGAAUCUACUUCAGUAAUGCUGUUAGCACCAGUCUGAAAUACUCCAAGCCCUGUGUGACAGACGGCUCUCGGCUGCUGUUGGUGUGCGAUGUGGCGCUGGGAAAGUGUAGGGACGUCCACAAGAGAGACCUCACACUGACCAAAGCCCCUGAGGGACACCACAGCGUGCACGGAGUCCGCCGCACGCCUAACACUCUCUCUGAGUUUGAGGAUGAUGAGUAUGUCGUGUACAGUCCUGAUCAAGUGAAGCUGAAGUACGUGGUUCAGUUCAGCAUCGAGGGAGACCAGCUGAAAGAGUUCAGGCCCGCCAUCAGCACCUGUUCUGAGCCGCGUCCACCUCCGUCUGAUCAGGAGCUGGCGCUGGAGGAUGACGGGGUUGAAAGCACUAAAAACCCUCUGGAGAAAGUGACGGCUGGUCUGUUGGACAGCUCUGGUCAGCAGCUCCCCCUGCAGGCUGUACAUGUGAAGUGCAAACUGAUGGAUCUGCUCUCUCAGGUCGUCAUUUUCCAGAAAUACACCAACACGAGUCCCGUGCCCAUUGAAGCAAAGUAUGUCUUCCCAUUGGAUGAUUCUGCAGCAGUGUGUGGAUUUGAAGCUUUCAUCAAUGGGAAGCAUGUGGUGGGAAAGGUGAAGGAGAAAGAGAAGGCUCGCAAGGAGUACAAGCAGGCUAUAGAGAAAGGCCAUGGAGCAUAUCUCAUGGACCAGGAUGCCCCUGACGUGUUCACCAUCAGUGUGGGCAAUCUGCCGCCCAGUGCGACUGUCCUCAUCAAAGUGACCUUUGUGUCUGAGCUGAUCGUCAGGGACGGGAGUAUUCUCUUCUCCCUGCCUGGCAGCGUGGCUCCGUGGCAGGAGAGCGCAGCGCUCAACCAAACCACUCAGGUCACUGUGGAGAAGGUGUGUGUGACUGAUGAGGCAGCAGGUGCAAGAGAGUUCAGCCUGGACAUGUCAGUUGAGAUGCCUCAUGAAAUCAGCAGCCUGCAGUGCAUCACUCACAAGGUCAAGAUGAAGAGGACAGACUGUAAGGCAGUGGUGAGUGUGCUGCCGGGGCAGGUCAUGGGUGCAGAAGGUUUCCAGCUGUCAGUCACUCUGUCUGAGGUCCACCUGCCCAGGAUGUGGGUGGAGAAACACCCUGACAAGAACAGCCAGGCCUGCAUGUUGGUUUUCUAUCCAGACUUUGACGUCGACUCCGGCUCAGAAUCCGAUGAAGUCAUCCUGUUGCUGGACACGUCUGAGUCCAUGAGGGGAGAGUCUCUCCACACGGCCCGGAGAAUCGCCCUCCAGGUCCUCAGAACCCUCGGCCACAACCUCAGACUCAACGUCAUUUUGUUUGGCACAGAUCACACAGAAGCGUUCCUGACAGCUCAGCCGCUCGAUGAAGCUCGUCAGGCAGCAGAGAAGUUCGUCAAGCACUUCUCUCCAGUAGGUGGCAGCACUGAGCUGUGGCGGCCCCUACGUGCCCUCAGCCUUCUGCUUCCAUCCCGUGGCAUCAGGAACCUGUUGCUGCUGUCGGACGGCCACAUCCAGAACGCAGAGCUCACCUUGCAGCUGCUUAGAGACAAUGCUCAGCACAGCCGCCUCUUCACCUUUGGCCUCAGCCCGACGGCCAAUCGGCACAUGCUGAGAGCGCUGGCCCAGGCAGGGGGUGGAGCCUACGAAUUCUUCGACACAAAAGUCAAACACAGCUGGGCAGAGAAGGUGGCGUCUCAGGUGAAGCGUAUUGCAUCUCCUGGAUGCAGUUCGGUGUCAGUGAAGUGGCAGCAGUUCAACCCAACAGCGCCCACCCCUGUGCAGGCCCCUAAACAACUCCAUGCUCUGUUCAACAACUGUCACACCCUGGUUUAUGGCUUCGUGCCGCACUGCACUCAGGCCACCCUCCUUGGGAACCUGAGUGGUCAGGAGCUCAAAACCAUGGUGUCGACCAGUGAACUGCAGAAAACCAGGGGCACAUUUCUUCACAAGCUCACAGCGAGGGCGCUCAUCAGGGAUUAUGAGUACGGAAGCCUGGAUGCCGAUGAGGCUGAACACGAGGGGAAGAAAGCGGAGUUGAAGUCCUUCAUCAUCGAGUUGAGCAAAGAGUUCUCCAUUCUGUCUCAGUUCACCAGCUUUGUGGCCAUCGAGGAAAGGGACUCAGAACAACCAGAGGAGGGUUUCACAGACAUCCCCAAGCUGAUCACAGAAGAAGAUGUGGACUUCCUCCCCUACAUCAGCUGGAUUUUUCCUCAGGAUAGUGGAGAAGAAGAGGAUGAGGAUGAAGAGUGCCUCAAAAUGGAAGAAGAGGACUUUUUUGAUAGUUUAUCGAUGGAGCGCGCCUCUGACUCAGUUGUACUGCCUGUGGACUUGGACUUGUUCAGUCCAGAAGCCAUUCAUGACUAUAAGCCUAAGGGCCGGUCCAAGAGGUCAAGAAGAGUGAGGCACCAAAAGAUGAAAUGUCUUUCUGGAGAAGAGGGAUUUGUCCUGACUGACAUGUUCCAGGAGACAGUUCCCCAUAUUCCCCCUCCUCCUCCUCCUCCAUGCUUCAGUCCACUUGCUCCAGUGCUCCAGUCUUUAGCCUCUCCAGUCCCUCCACUUCCACCUCCCCCUGCUUCCAUGCAUCCUAAGUCCUUCCAAUUUGUCCCCCCUCCUCCUCCAUGCUUCAGUCCACUUAUGCCACUCCAAUCUUUAGCCUCUCCAGUCCCUCCACCUCCACCUCCCCCUGCUUCCAUGCAUCCUAAUUCCUCCCAGUUUGUCCCUCCUCCUCUUCCUCCUCCUCCUUCUUUUGAACUUAUGAUGGACACUUGCGUCCAAGUCAUGCCACCUCUCCGUCUUUUAUCUCAGUCAGUGGAAUCAGACAAGGGUUUUGGACAAAGCAGACGACGGGUUACUGGGCACAGUCCACCCCCUCCAUUUGAAACUCCCGUGCUCUUCGGCAGCCGGCCAACUAUCAUUGAUCAACCUGUCCCGAGUUUUGAAAUGGCGUCUGAGUGGGACGCGUGUCUGGACAUGGAAUACAGUUCCUCUGACUCUGGGUCGUACCCAGGUGCGCUUGCAUCUGCUGCAGACUCUCCACCAAAAUUAGGAUUGUUCCGUGCACGGACAGCAUCUUCAGAUUCGGUGACACCUCAAACAGCAGGAUUUCAAAACGUGGCUGUGGAGUUGGGGGCGGUUUCGGCCCAGCAACAGCCAGCUUUUGGUUUCAUUGACUCUGUAGUUAGAAAGGAAUAUUGUGGGAUGUCAGGCCCCCCUGUGCCUCAGAUUCACCGCCAAAGACCAGCACGCUUGUUUGGAGUUGCUUCAGCAGGGUUUCCACCCAAAGGUCUUUCGUCUUUCAUGUCAGGACCGGCUCAGAGUGAAGCUGCACCUGUUGACCUGUCGGUACCUCAGCCUUUAAGCAGGGUGACUCGGAUCUGUGGAUCAGGUUUUCCCCGAGCUACAUCAGCAGUGGGUAAAGCCUUGCGAAGAAGCAGGUCUCGUCCUCGACCUUUACCAGUCCAUCAGUCCUUUGAGAGACGAUCAACAGACCCUGAAGCACUUAAGCUGAAAUGGACAAAGAUCUUCCAGCUGCAGAAUUCAGAGGGCUACUGGGAGCUAACCACAGAGCUGGGUGAACUCCUAAAUGUCAAUGUCGACCUCUUUGCCAACGUGUUCCUAAAAAACAAGGGCAUUUGUUCUCUGGGUGUGAGGGCCCACGCAGACAUCCUGAGGCUGGUGGCGACUCUUCUGGUUCUGCAGCUGCUGAGGGUGGAGAAGCUGGAGGAAGGCAAACUGCUCCGCACCCUCUUCAGUCUGGACGCCUCCGCUCAGCCCAGGCCUGAGUGGUUGGAGGAGGUUCAGAGGGCGGUCAAGUGGGUGUGCUGGGCCGACCAGCAGUACCCGUGUGUCUACAGCCGGCUGGAGUUUGGUUUGAGCUGGGAGUCCUCCACCCGUCAGCUGCUGGGCUGCGAAGGCCUCCCCCCCUUCUCACCUCUCAGUGGUCUGAACCUGCAGAGGCCCGCGGCCCCUUUACUGGUCCACUGAGCAGGCCAGCAUGAACCGGGGCAGCGUGAAGAGGAGAUACAGUAGAGAAAAUCAAACCUGUCUGUUGUUUUUAAGGGUGGAAAUGAUCUUUUAGAUUUAUCGUUUACAUAGAUAUGCAUGAAUUUCUUUUGCCUUUAUAUAAAGCACUUUGAAGAGUCUCUGUCAGUGUGUUUACAUCAGCUUAAAAACGCAGACUUUCUGCUGUAAACCCGUUUCUCAAACUUCAUGAACACGAGCACUUUAUUAGGAACGCCUGUACGCCUGCUUAUCCAUGCAGUUGUCCAGCGAGCCGAUCAUGUGUCAGCAGUGCGGUUCAUUAAAUCGUGCAGAUGCAGGUCAGGAGAUUCAGUUAAUGUUCACAUCAAACAUCAGAGUGGGGAGAAAGAAAUGUGAGUUGACCGUGAUCGUUGGUGCCAGACAAUAUGGUUUGACUGUCAGGCCCCAACAGUCGCAGUCAAAUCUUUUUUUUUUUUUCCUCCAUGUCUUAGCAAUCCCAGCACUGACAGUACUUCCAACAAGCAUCUGUGUUCUGAUGCCCAUCAAAUAAGAUACAACAAGUCACGUAAUUCUAUAUUUUGUUGGGACCACGCACGUCCCGUCUCAGACAUGGGACAGAAAAGCGAGAUAAAUGCCUGAAAAGCGCUGUUAGUGCACUGUUCUGCUUUGACAAGGCUCAGCGUGAGGAACUUACUAAUUUACAGAGAAGUGAGCAGCUGAGGAACAGCUUCCUGGAAUUUAUUUUUGGGUUUUAUCUUGUAUAUGUUACGCAAGUUUAUAGUCAGCAGCCGACAGCAUUUCACAGAAGGCUUUUUGUUUUUGAAAUGAUUUAUAACUUUAUCAUGGUGAUCAGCAGAUCGCACAGGAGACGUGCGUUAGGUUAUGAAAGAAAUUACCAAAAAAAGUUGAUUAUACUUAACAGAUUUGCACUAUGAGACGAACACAACGGACACAUCAAGUGUCCUUUGUGUUCGUCGUUGUGGUCGCUGAUUUCUUUUUGGCUGUGUGUCUGAUCAUGCACAGAAUUAAAAUCUUUUUUAAUGUUUCUCAGAUGCCUUAAUGUAUUUUGUUUACCUUUGUUUUAAAUUUAUUUUACAGGAAAUGUCUCUUUUCCUUUGCCAUUCUUCCACACACCAAGUUGCAGUGGUGUUGGAUUAUUAUAUAGAUUAUUAUAUAGACUCAUUUUGACUUUAAAAUAUUUGCAUUUUAUGAUAGAAAAUGUCCGUAUUGAUUAAUCUUGCCUCUCUGAGGAGUCCUGGUAGUUCUCCACUUCACAAAGAUUCACCCUGUUUUGAGGUUCUUUAAAGUCCAACUCUCUUCUCUGUGAUCAUCAUAUUAAAUCGUCUAUUCCAGAAAUCUUUCUAAAACUAACAUGAAUGCAGUGUACCUAUUCCAAGAAAGUUAUCUUAAAAUGUAAAUUGUAAAUGACUCCAAGCUUCUGUAUCUUUUCAUGUCAGAAUGCCAACAGUGUGUAAAGCUGCCAUCAAAGCAAAAGGUGGCAGCUUCAGAGAAUCUAAAAUAUAAAACAUAUUGUGGUUGGUUUGAGACUUUUUUCCAUAUGUGUUCCUUCAUAGUUUUGAUGUCUUCAGUAUGAAUCUACAAUGUAGAAAAACCAUUGAAUGAGAAGGAGUGUCCAAACUUUUGACUGGUACUGGACAAUUUAUCUGUGAAACAUGUGACUUCCUCAGGAGGUUGAGAAAGUGUCAUAAAUGUACCACCGUCUCUGCAGCACCACUGAAACUGCAGGAAAUCGUUGGCAUUCAUGAGCGAUGGAGGAAAUCUGUAUCAGCGUCCAGCAUGUUAAGUCUGUUGAACAGAAACAUUCAACAAAUCAGACAGGUCUGAGUGGCUCUGAGAGGAGACUUUAUUGGGGAGUGGUUCUCUCUUUGGGGCUGCUCAGUGUUUUCCUGCUGGCUGGGCUCAUCGGACUCGGUGUUUACCACCAUAACUCACUUGAGGAGAGAGAGCGGCUGAAUGCCGGCCUCAUCAACAUGACUAGAGAGGUGGACAGACUUCACCGUUUGUCCAAACAGAAGAAAGUUUGUCCUACAGGAUGGAAGAUGUACGACUGUGUCUGUUACUUUCUCUCCUCCGAGUCUGACUCUUGGGACCGAGGCAGCCAAGACUGCAGAGACAGAGGAGCACAUCUGGUGAUCAUAGACAGUCCUGAAGAACAGGAACUUCUCUCUAAAAUCUUCAAGAAACGCUUUUGGAUUGGUUUGAACGACAGAGACAAUGAGUCCAACUGGAAAUGGGUCGAUGGGACUCCACUUAACGUACAGUACUGGGCGAAAGAUCAGCCAGAUAACGGCCGAGGAGAUCCACAAUGGGGCAAAGAGGACUGUGUAGAAGUCACAGCUGGUGUGAGAUAUGAUGAAAGCUGGAAUGAUCUGCGGUGUAAUGCCACUCUGCCAUGGAUCUGUGAAAAAUUGCCUUAGCAUUUGAGUUUAAUACUUAAAGUAUUAAGGUAUAAAUUAAAAUAUUUGAAUGCAGGAUGCCACUUGGAUGCUUAGCCACUUGAUUCCUUUGAUUGAGUAUUUCUGGGUAAAAUAACAUGAAAAUGAAAGCAUCACAACCUUUGCUGUCCAGCCUGGAAACUUCUCUGCAGUAUAUUAAAAUUUUAAUUUUAAACUUA